AUGUCGCUCGUCAGUGGAGAAAAGUCGAGCUUUCAGUUCAUUCUGAGAUUGCUCAACACAAACGUGAGAGGCCAGGAGAAGGUUAUGUACGCUCUUACAAAGAUCAAGGGUGUCGGAAGAAGAUACAGCAACUUAGUAUGCAAGAAGGCCGAUGUCGAUCUCAACAAGCGCGCUGGUGAACUCACCUCCGAAGAACUCGAGCGAAUCGUCACAAUCAUCCAGAACCCAACUCAAUACAAGAUUCCAACCUGGUUCUUGAACAGACAAAGAGAUAUUGUUGACGGCAAAGACUCGCAAGUCCUGGCCAACGGUGUCGACUCGAAGCUUCGUGACGAUCUUGAGCGAUUGAAGAAGAUUCGUGCUCACCGUGGUCUUCGACACUACUGGGGAUUGAGAGUUAGAGGUCAGCACUCCAAGACUACCGGACGUCGUGGUCGCACUGUCGGUGUCUCCAAGAAGAAGGGAGGAUAG